UUGAAUCUCCAGCGUUGUGGACAUACUGAAGUCAAGUCAAAUCUCAGCGCGUUUCUACACGUAAGGAUAAACACAAGACCAGAAGAUUCGCUAAAGCCACGAGCCAGAGAAUGAUUGUCGCCGACGUCACAGCUCUCAUAACCUAGCACCGCAGCUUCCAUUCCUGCAUCUGCCUCGUCACGCUUAAGUCGAAUUCUUCCAGCAAGAGCGAGGUCGCGCUAUGGUUCAGCAUCCUACACUCAAUUCCAGCAUCAGAUCUUCGUAUGGCUCCGUAGUGACCGACACCCCUCCCAAGAACUUUGCGCCGAGCCCACGCCGCCGUCUCACACAAUGGUACAUUAACAUGGCUCUCAUUAACUUCGUCGAGUUCGCGGCCGAGUCCUCGCGUGGCGUUGUGUUGGCCACGCUCUUCCUUUACAACAAGUCGCUUGGUGGCGAUCUGGCCUUCAUGGGCUUGCUCACGUCGCUCUUCUCCGUCGGGCGCCUCAUCUCGUCCACAGUGUUUGGCUGGAUGUGCGACCGCUACUCAUUCCGAUCAGUAUACCUCGUAUCGUCGGGUAUCUGCCUGGUGGGCAACCUCAUCUACCUCAUAGCCGACAUUCACGUGACCGAUAGCUUGACGAUGCUGGCUGCAAGUCGCUUCAUCGUGGGCUUCGGAGCUGGCAACCGCAGUGUGUGCCGUGCCAACGUCGCGGCCAUGACCACUGUCAACCAGCGACUGCGCUAUCUCACAAUCCUAGCGACGGUGGUUUUCCUCGGGUAUGCUUUGACGCCAGGACUAGGCAGUCUCGUAGCGGAUGUGGACGUGUUCUUCUGCGGCGUGCACUUCAACAAGUUCACUUCACCCGGCAUGAUCCUCGUGGUGUUCAACCUGCUGACAAUCUUCGCCAUGCUGACUACUUACGACGCGUCCGUCGGCAUCCACGACGGCCCACUCGAGACCCCGAACACCGCCGCAACCAAGAACACGCUGUCUGACUUGACAUCUAUGCCGGAGCGUAUCGUGAACAUUGGCGCCAUGGUGUUUAUCUUCCUCAACUUCACUGCGCGCGGUAUCUUGUCGGUGUUCGAGACGGUGAACAUUCCGUUGUUCCUUCAGGUGACUGGCAGCGACCCCAACAGUGUCGUCGCAGUGGUGGACGCUUCCAACUUCCAGUUCUACCUUGGUCUUCUGGGUCUCGUGUCCUACUUCUCCAUCGAAUACUUCCGCAAGAGCAUGACGGAUGUCAACUGGGUGCAGCUCGGAUUCAUGUUCCUGCUUUCGGGUAACGUUCUUCUAGUGGUGAUGCCUGCGUCUCUGACCUUUGACCGCUUGGCGUUUGCGGAGCUAUUGGUGUGGAGCAUUGGCUGCCCGAUCACGACUGCAGUUGUGGUGGCUGCCUUCUCCAAGCUACUUGGCGGGCGGCCGCAGGGUACACUUAUGGGCCUUCUGGGAUCUGCCGGCUCCGUUUCGCGCAUAAUUUUGCCGCUGUUGCCUGCUGCUAUCCCGACAUUGACCCCAGUGUUCAUGAUCAACAUCGCACUGUGCGGUCUUAGUGUGGCGCUGCUGUGGUGGUACAGCAAAUUGGUGUACAGGACCAAGGUUGCUCUGCUCGCAGACGUCGAGAACGCUUACCGGGUGGUAUCACCGCCGAACGAUUUGCGAUCUCCGCUGGGUUCUGAUAAGGUGGAUUUUGAAGAUAACUAGAUGAAGUAGGCUAUAAAAACCAAAAUGCUGUUGAUGAUACUUUAGUAAUCGUUGCCAAUUUCUUAACGUAACGAGCAGUGUUGCAUGAUCGCACUUGCAGAUUCAUAAUCCGUUUCUAGAAGG